GCUACUGUAAUUGAUCAUGUAGUAAAUCAUGGUCACUCAAUGAGAGAGGCUGGUCAGAGAGUGCAGCCAAAUAUGCAGCGCUCUACAGUGGCAUCUAUUGUUAGAGUUUUCCGGCAAACCAACAGGACUCAACGGUUACCUCACACAGGAGGGAGAGGACGGAUUUUCACUGAUGUGCAGGAAACUGCCAUUGUUGAUAUGGUCAUCAGAAACAAUGGGAUAAAACUCACUGAAAUUAGACACAGAAUCUUGGCAGACAACGUUACUUUCGCAAAUAUUCACAGUGUAAGCAUAACAACAAUUUCUAGAGUCCUGAAAAAACAUCAGGUCAAGAUGAAACAGUUGUACACUGUGCCUUUUGAGAGGAACUCUGAACAUGUCAAGCAACUCAGGAACCAGUAUGUCCAGAGAGUCAUGGAGAUUGAAGGCAGGCAAACACACCACAUUUUCAUCUUUGUGGAUGAGGCAGGUUUCAACUUGGCCAAAGCACGGCGACGAGGGAGGAAUGUGAUUGGGAAGAGAGCCACAGUGAAUGUCCCGGGCCAGAGGGGUGCCAACAUCACAAUGUGCGCAGCAAUAUCCACUGAUGGACUGCUGUUACACAGACCACUAACUGGGCCAUACAACACUGAACGGCUCCUUGCAUCCCUGCAUGAUCUCUAUGGAAGGGUUGUGCUAG